AUGUCAUUUGAAGCAGGAGCGAUUGUGUUCGCAAAAUUAAAGGGAUUUGCUUGGUGGCCUGGUGUAAUUGUCGCUGAAAGAGAAUUACCAAAAAAUGUAAUCAAUAAAAAACCCAAGGGCCAAGAUUUUUUUACUUGUGUAAAAUUUUUUGGUUCGACAAAUUAUGGCUGGGUAGUUGAGGAUGAGCUCAAAAAAUUUACAAAAAGGGAAGCAAACAAUAAAUUGACCAAGAUUAAGAAAGCAAGCACAUUAGCCAGAGCAAUUAACCAAGCUCUAGAUUAUGUGACAUUAAACAAAAUUCAAGAUGAACAAAACAAAAGAACAAAUGAUACCAAUACAGAUUUAAUUAUAACUAACUCUAAAACCCAUAAAAGAAAAUUAGCAAAUGACGAAUCAAAAGUUAACCUUAGAAGAAGCAGCAGGAUAAAAAAGAAAAGAGAGGUUGUCAACAAUAAGGAGAAAGUAGAUGGGAUGAAAGCAAUUGAUCAAUCAAACCAAUCUGAAUCGAACGUUAUAGUAAAGGAAGAGAGUGGUAAAAUUGAUGAUGAGAUGGAUGCAGUUUGUAAUCAUGAUAAUAAGGAGGGGAAAGUGGAAAAAGAGUUAGAUCAAUCGAGCCGAUCUAAUCAAGUUGAAGAGUCGAACGAGAAAAAGGAGCAUAAUAAUAAUAAGGAAGAAGUGGGAACGGAAGAAACAGUUGAUCAAUCAAAUCAAUCCGAACCGAACGUUACAAUAAAAGAAGAGAGUGUUGAGAUGGGUGCAAUUUUUAAAGAGUCAAAUAAUAAAAAAGAGCAAGAUGAUAAUAAAGAUGAUAAUAAUAACAUGGAAGGAAUGGAAAUAGUUGAUCAAUCAUCAAAUCAAAAUCAUGAUGUAGUCACUGUAGCAAAGGAUACUUGUGAACAAAAAGUUGAUGAAGAAGUAUUAGAACCAAAAGGGGGUCAUUACAUAUCUAAUAAAAGAAAUUCUGUUAUUGCUGCUUGUACUAACAAACAAUCAAAAAAGAGAGCACAUAGCAGUUUAUCCGAUUGUGAAGGAGAAGGGAAUGAAAUCAAUAACUUUGAUGUCGAGAACAAACAUAAACGAAGAAAUAAUACCAAAAGAUGCAUUAAUAUUACUGCUGAUGUUGUUAACACACCAUCAUCAUUGAUUAUUCAAAAAACUGGUGAAGAGGAUCAUGUUGACAAAAUGUUUACCAACAAAGAAAUCUCUGCUAAUGAGAAUCGAAAUAACGUUAAAAAUCAUAAAAAUGUUGAAGUGGAAGAAGGAAAAGGUGAUUCUAAAAAAGUUGGAAAUGACAAAAGAUUACUUCUUUUAAGGCAUAGUUUACAAAAAUUAGUACUUCUUGGAGAAAUAAAUAGUGCUAAUAUGAAAAUAGUCGACGAUACAUUUAAAGAAAUUGAAAAUGCAUACAUAACAAUCGAAAUGUUAAAGAAAUGUAAAUUGGGAAUUAUUAUGAGAAAAAUUUCCAAAAAAACAAUUAAUAAUGACAUAUUUAACAUAGUUGAAAGAAGUAAAGCCCUCAUGGAAAGAUGGAAGGCUAUGUUAGAAGCGAAAUUAUUAGAAGAAGAUAAAUUUUCUUCUGAAGCUUCGUCGUAUUCAUCUUAA